AUGAACAGCAUCUCCCGACAGAUGCGGCGCCCUGGCAUUCAGAGAGCCGUGUUCUCCUUUUCCCAACAGGCACCUUCUGAGCUCGUCAGGGCGAAACUCUCGACUAGUGAGAUCGCCCAUCGAGCCCUCACCUACAUUUCCGAAGACCAGCUGCAAAACAUUCCCGAAGACCAAAACACCUAUUCGUUGUUUCAAGGCUUUCAGGCGUCUUUGCCUGAAGGGGAAACUGAGCAUCGUAAAGGACACCGACGGCGGAGCUCCAAGCAGCACAGAUUGUUGGGCGCUGGCGAUGUUGAAGAGGAUGGUCCUCCGUCAAUACAAAACCUCAAGAAGAAAAGGAACAAUGUCAACCACAGAUUGGAGAUGAUGGCUAUACGGAAGAAUAUGUGUACUACAGAGAUUCGGGACAUUGACAACAAAAUCGCCAAUCUACAAAAUAUGCGCAGGCUCGCCCUUGACCGGUUGGCCGACCUCGAAAAUGACGAAGCGGAGGUUGAGCAUGAGCUGCUGGAACUUGACAACAAGAUCGAAGAGAUGCAGGAGGAGCUCGAGGAGCAAGGCGGGUUGGAUCAGUCGACCAGCACCCUCAAUGCUCCCCGGGUAGCUACACCGGAAUCUGAGGCAAUGGAUGCGUCCUUCAUGUCCCAGUCCAUCUACGACAAAUUGCCCUCCUCUGCGUCCCCGAAGUCAAAACGCCGGCCGAAAUACUCCAAGAGAAGAUCUGUGCCGGUGUUGCAUGAGCACCUCGAACCUGGAUCCCACAUCAAAACCAUUCCUGCUCACAAUGACUCCAUAUCCGCCGUAGAUUUUGAUCAACCAUUCGGGACAAUGGUCACUGCAGCAUUGGAUGACACGGUUCGCGUUUGGGACCUGAACCUUGGCCGCUGCAUGGGCUUCUUGGAAGGCCACACCGCAUCGGUUCGGUGUCUACAAGUAGAAGACAACAUCGUCGCAACAGGCAGCCUUGAUGCCACUAUUCGACUGUGGGAUUUGAGCCGUGCCAACUACGAACCCUACGAGCACAAGAUACUCGAAAACGGUGAAGACGACAAGGGUGAUGAAGACGACGGCCUCGGGUUUGGAAAUGAAAGCGAAGAUGCUCCCCCUCCUCCACCUCCUGAUGCAAUGGAAGAGUGCCCACUCUUUGUGCUUGAAGCUCACGUCGAUGAAAUUACAGCAUUACACCUGCGCGGUGAUAUGUUGGUUUCUGGAUCAGCUGACAAGACACUACGGCAAUGGGACUUGGUGAAAGGGCGAUGUGUGCAGACACUGGACGUCUUGUGGGCUGCAGCCCAAGCUAGCUCAACUAUCAACAGCACAGACACCCAGUGGCGGCCGACCGGAAGAUCUACAGAUUCAAACGCCGAUUUUGUUGGCGCUCUGCAAUGUUUCGACGCAGCGCUGGCGUGCGGCACAGCUGAUGGAAUGGUCCGACUAUGGGAUCUUAGAAGCGGACAAGUCCAUAGGAGCCUAGUAGGGCAUACGGGCCCAGUGACAUGCCUGCAGUUUGACGAUACUCACCUCGUUACAGGCAGCACUGACAGGAGUGUCAGAAUAUGGGAUCUCCGCACAGGAACCAUUUUCGAUGCCUAUGCUUACGAUGCGCCCAUCACGAGCAUGAUGUUUGAUGCUCGGCACAUUGUCUGUGCCGCAGGCGAGGACGUCGUCAAAGUCUACGACAAGGCCGAUGGGCGUCAUUGGGACUGUGGCGUUGGGGCUAACACCAGUGUUGAAGAUCGGAUGGCCGGCACUAAGACGAGUAUUGUUGAUCGUGUCAGACUGAAAGAUGGAUAUCUGAUCGAGGGAAGGAGGAAUGGUGAAGUUGGAGUCUGGAAGUGUUGA